CACCCCGCCCCAUUCUCCCGCUUUCCAUCACCCCACCCCAUUCUCCCGCUUUCCAGCACCCUGCCCCAUUCUCCCGCUUUCCAUCACCCCGCCCCAUUCUCCCACUUUCCAUCACCCCGCCCCAUUCUCCCUCUUUCCAUCACCCCGCCCCAUUCUCCCACUUUCCAUCACCCGCCCCAUUCUCCCGCUUUCCAUCACCCCGCCCCAUUCUCCCGCUUUCCAUCACCUCGACCCAUUCUCCCUCUUUCCAUCACCCCGCCCCAUUCUCCCUCUUUCCAUCACCCCGCCCCAUUCUCCCUCUUUCCAUCACCCCGCCCCAUUCUCCCGCUUUCGACCACCCCGCCCCAUUCUCCCUCUUUCCAUCACCCCGCCCCAUUCUCCCUCUUUCCAUCACCCCGCCCCAUUCUCCCUCUUUCCAUAACCCCGCCCCAUUCUCCCGCUUUCCAUCACCCCGCCCCAUUCUUCCGUUUUCCAUCACCCCGCCCCAUUCUCCCGCUUUCCAUCACCCCGCCCCAUUCUCCCGCUUUCCAGUACCCCGCCCCCAUUCUCCCGCUCUCCAUCACCCCGCCCCAUUCUCCCGCUUUCCAGCACCCCGCCCCAUUCUCCUGCUUUCCAUCACCCCGCCCAAUUCUCCCGCUUUCCAUCACCCCGCCCCAUUCUCCCGCUUUCCAUCACCCCGCCCCAUUCUCCCGCUUUCCAUCACCCCGCCCCAUUCUCCCUCUUUCCAUCACCCUGCCCCAUUCUCCUGCUUUCCAUCACCCGCCCCAUUCUCCCGCUUUCCAUCAUCCCGCCCCAUUCUGCCGCUUUCCAUCACCCCGCCCCAUGCUCCCUCUUUCCAUCACCCCGCCCCAUUAUCCUGCUUUCCAUCACCCGCCCCAUUCUCCCGCUUUCCAUCACCCCGCCCCAUUCUCCCGCUUUCCAUCACCCCGCCCCAUUCUCCCUCUUUCGGCGCAUGCGUUGAAUGUUGUCUCUGCCGACAAAUGGUAA